AUCUUCUUCAACAUCGCUCUUCGUGGUUUAUUUUUUCUUGCUGAGGGCAUCACUUUCACUUGGCUUAUCCUCCGCCGCCCGGGUGCUGUUAUUGAUGCCUCAUGCCAGAGUCUUAGUGACACCUUCUGGUUGCCACACUCUUCUGCCGACCUCGAGUCAUAUUGGCUUGCAUUUCCACCGGACUGGAUAUUUAAGAGUCACAGUCUCCUUGCUUUUCUUUCCUAUUUGGCUCGAAUGCUAUGUCUAGCUCCCUAUUGGCUCGUCAGUCUAGCCUGGCUUGGCAUCUGCCAGGCUGCAAUGAAUCUUACAAGACUUGUCUGCUGCAAAUACGGUAGCAACCGCAUUGGGGUUCCAUCUUGGUCGGCCUUUGGAACCGAGGGCUUUGUAAAUUAA